UUCUAAAAAAAAUCAUCAAAAAAUAAGAUUCCACCGAGGCCUGGCCGGUGGAAGGUUACACGGGAACGUGGAUCGGAGUUGAUUGGGACAACGGGAACGGCAAACACGAUGGCUGCCAUAACGGGCUGCGAUACUUCGAAGCUUCCAGCAGUACAUCGGCAUCGUUUGUACGACCGAACAAUCUCAGUGCCGGCAUUUCACUCUUGCACGCCGUCGAGCUCCGGUAUGGGACGGCUUCUAGUAAAGAAGAUGAAGAUGAGAUGUAUGUUUUCUCUGCAAGCAACAAGCGAGUAACGGUCCAGCUUCUCGGUAAAGAAGAAAUUCAGAAUAAACUGAGUCAUUUUGAGGAAUUGAAAAGUGCAUCAUUGUCAUAUCUAGGAGUUGGCUAUGCUGGAGAUCCACACCACAUUACUACAGCUAUACCUAAUGUGAAGGAGCUUGUUUUGACUGGAAACCUGCUCUCUGAGUGGGAGGAUGUUGAUUUAAUCUGCACAGCGUUAGAUGCUCUUGAAGUUCUGAACCUAUCCCGCAACAUUAUGUCACAUGAUAUAUGUGGAAUGCCCAUGCUAAAUGCUAUACGAGUUUUAGUUUUGAACCAUACUGGAAUCAGCUGGAAGCAUGUUGAGAUUCUUAAAGAUUCCCUUCCUAUGAUAGAAGAGUUACAUUUGGUUGGGAAUAAAUUGAAAGAAAUAACGCCAUCAUCUUCAGCUUUUGUUCAGGGGUUCAAGUUUCUUCAUCUCCUUAAUCUGGAUUGUAACUGUAUAGAUUCGUGAGGUGAAAUUUUGAAGCUUUCACAACUUGAAAGUUUGGAGCAGCUUUUUUUGAAUCACAAUAAUAUAAGCUGCAUCUGGUACCCUGAUAAUGUCACUAUGUAUGAAACCCUGAAUGUUGAUGAAUGUAUUGCCAAAAGCUCUAGGCCUUUCAAGAAUCUGCAUUCCCUUCUUCUUGGUAACAACAACAUUAAAGAACUGGAAUCCGUUGAUUCACUGAAUAGUUUCCCGGAUUUGUUGGUAAUCUUUUAUCUUAAUAUAAAGUCAUAAUGAAUUUCGAAGUCUCCAAUUCAAAAUUUCAACUGUAUUCCCAGACACUUCAUGUUAAUAUGUUAUGCACAUUUGAUCAAAAGAUGAAACUCAUACUUAGCUGCAAUAUAUGAGUUUACAAAUCUAUUCGAGGAUUUAAAUGCCUUUUUUUACCUAGGACGUCAGACUUUCAGAGAAUCCAGUAGCAGAUCCAGAAAAGUCCCGAUAUGUUUUGGUUGCACGUCUAGCAGGUGUAAAAAUAUUAAAUGGAAGCGAGGUUAGUACUCGGGAACGGAAGGAAUCAGAGAUUCGGUAUGUCCGAGUGGUCAUGUCUAAGAGUAGGGAAUUUCCACAAGAAAUUGAGCGACUUCACCCAAGAUUUGCUGAGCUUAAAAGAUAACCAUGGAAUAGAGGAUGAAAAACUGCAGAGUGGACCAACUGGGCCCCAGAAAAUGGCAACCGGACUUAUUUCAAUUACCAUGAAGUGUGUUGGAGCAUCAAUCUGUGAAAAGCCCCCACUUACCAAGAAGUUGCCCGCGGUAUUACCCCAAACGUCAUCGUGUAUCCUAUCAUCUUGCUUUUAUUUGGUAUUGACAUUUACGCUUGAGUUAGGUUGGGAAGCUGAAGAACCUAUGUGAGAGUUUCUUCAACCUAAGAUCUAUCAAACCCAAAUUAUUUCUUCAUGAAGUGGUACAUACUGAACUACUCGUAUACACUCGCUUGCAUAAAAAUGAUAUCCCACACUUCAUUGCCUAGAUGAUGACACAGCAAAUUUGAAUGAUGCUGGAUUUGGGAAUGAGUUGAUCAUUAUCUCAAAACUAGAAAGAAUCAGAACAUCUCAGACUGGUUUCAUAGAGCUUUCUACUCAAAAUUCUGGUGUAGUUAUGUCUGUGUGCGUGUGAACCCAAACUCGGAAAACAUAAAAAAGCUAAGGACUAAAACAACAUCCCAGCCAAUCAAGAUCAAGCUGAGGGCUAAAAUCUUGGCCCCUCAUCCUGCAAAUUUGCAAAAAGUUAAAAUGAGGUAAUGAAUAGUAUAGAAGGGAAUAUUUAAAGCAUAAAAGAGGAGAUGAAAAAUAUAAGAAUUAUUGUAUAUUUUUAAAUGAAAAACUUAUUACAAAGAAAGUGAUGCAAAUAUGAAUAGAGAAUAAAAAAGAAAGUGACGGAAAUAUACAAAUACAGAUGGCCGGAGCAUCUCCUCUACUCCAAUAUUUUGCGAUUUUUUAUUUGAUACUUCUAAAAGUGUUUUUUUUAUCUCUCAUUACAGCAAAUGCAUGUCUAGUUAUUUACUCACUCCGGUCGUCCAUGGGACUUUGACAUCUUUCCUUUUUUGUUUGUCCCAAAAAACUUUAACACUUUCCCAUUAAAGCAACUAUUUUGUGAUUCUAUCUCCGCAGCGGAACAAAGAUCCAUAUUAGUCCAGGCGGAGAGAGAUAUUGCUCCGGGGGAAGAGGCAGCACCCAAGGUCCUUUGACUGCUCUACUUCGCCGGCGCCGGAUUUAUUUGCACAGCUGCCAUUAACAAGUGGAGAGAGCUGGAGAGAAAGCAGAAGCUGAGACAACAAGGUGAGUUGUUGGAAAGGCCUUCCAGUGUUGUACAACCGGCACCAGAAUAAUCCAAUUUCUGAUUUGAAAUGGUGGAAGAAUACUCAAACUCCAAUGGAGUUUUACUUAAAUGGUAGUUGUAUGUUUUGAUUUUGAGUUUGAAUACACUAUCAUUUUGAUGCUGAUAAUUGAUCUUUAAUAUUGUUGCAUUCAUUCAAAUAGUUGAAUCUGUACGAAUUUUAUCUUUAAAUUAGGAUAAAUGAUAAGCAAUUUCAUGGUUAAAA